AGUCCUGUUUCGCUCAGGCCAUCUCGGCCUCAGCUGCGCGCCCCACCGGCAACCUUCCGCAGCCCGCCCCGACUUCGCCAGGAUGGGGCGCACCCCACGUGCGCACGCGGUGUCAUCUUCCUCACCGAGACUGCGGGCGUCGUCGCACAGCCCCAAGAAUAGCCCCAGGGGCGGCUCCCAGCAGGGCGCACCCAAGUCGCCCAGAGACCGCCGCCAGGCGCCCGUGCCGCCCAUCGCUGCGACCCAGCUCGAUGCGGCGUGGCACCGCGCGGCCGCGCGGCAGGAGCGGAAGCCCACCGACGGGAUGCUCGGGGAUGACUUCGGCGAGCCCCUGUCGUUCCGGUCGCAGCUGGCCAAGUUCCAGCAGUACCUGCAGCCGGAGGAGCUCUUGGACGCCAGCAACUCUGCCAGGCAGCCCCCCCCGAGGCCGGGCCAGCUCGGGCAGGCGCCCGCCUCCCUGCACGGCCAGCUGGAGCAGGCCCUCGCGCGGCACGCGGCGGCGCUGCAAGAGACCGCGGCGCAGCACAAGGCGGAGCUGACGCGGGCGGCCGAGCUGAUCGGGCAGGAGCUCGGGCGCGCGGUGGGCGAGGCGCUGCUGCGCGGUCAGGGCCUGGCGGCGUCAUCCGCGCGCGGCGCGCCGUCCGCCGCGCGGGCCGGCGGGAGCGUGCCCCCGCAGGCGCGGCAGGUCGAGGAUGAGGCGGCGGCCGGCGGCCAGCAGGAGCGCGAGGCCCCGAAGCCCUCGCCGCCAAGCCCGUCGAAGCACGUCGUGGCGAUCGGGGACCUCGCCGACGUCGAUCCAGCCGGGAACGAUCCGCUCGGAGGCGGCGAAGCGCGAAGGAUGAGCAGCCGCGGCGGGAGCGACUCAGAUGCCAGGAGAACCACAAAAGAAUCGAGCUGUUCUGCGGCGAACUACUCUGUCCUUGGCUACUCAGAACGGACUAGGUUCGAGAGGUUGAUCAGGGGUGUCACGGCACAAAUGAAUGUGGAAGAGCCGCAACACCACGGACUUCUAGCGGAGUUUGUUCAAAGUAGGGCAUUUGACAUCAGUUGCAAUUUGGUCGUUCUCUUGAAUUGUAUAUUCGUUGUCUGGGCGGCGAAUCACUCAGUGGGGACUUCCGAUGCAAAUGACACGAUUGCGUUGGCUGAAUUCGUUUUCACCGCAUUUUAUUGUGUUGAGCUCGUCUUGAAGCUCUGGGUCCACCGAUUGUUCUUCUUCACCAACGAAGACGCGGCAUUCAAUAUAUUGGACUUGGCUUUGGUGCUCAUGGCUCUGUUCGAGAUUUCGAUAUUACCACUCCUGCAAACAGGCUCGGGCGCAGUAGACCCUACGUUUUUGCGGAUCCUCCGCAUCUUCAAGGUUGUCAAAGUCCUCCGAAUGAUGCGCGCCCUCCACGCGUUCAAGGACAUCCGCGUAAUGAUAGAUUGUUUGGUGCACUCAGUCUGGCCCUUGGUUUGGGCGAGUGCACUGCUCGGAUUCCUAUCAUCCCUCUUCGCCAUUUACUUCGUCCAAAGUGUGGCUGCCGCUUUGUCGGAUGGCAACCUGAGCCCCGCCCAAGAGAAAGAGUUGCUGGAGCACUUUGGACAGGUAGAGACAGCGUUGUUCUCGCUGAUAGUGGCCACGACAGGAGGCAACGACUGGGCAUAUUAUUACGAGAGGCUGGAGCCAUUAGGGGGCUUUGCGUGCGUUGUAUACGUCGUCUACAUAAUGUUCAUGUUCCUUGCGGUGAUGAACAUCGUUACGAGCGUGUUUUUGGACAAAGCGAUGGAGAUCGCCAAGCCAUGCUCGGAGAACGAGGUACUGGACAAGUGCCACUCGGACCUGCAUGACGCAGACGAGCUUAUCCGCAUGGUGUCUGGCAAGCGCGAGGAUGACCAAGACACCAUCACCUUCGGCGAGUUCGUUGGCUACAUGAACGAGCGAGAGUUCCGGAAGCAUUUCGAUGCACGGGGCCUGACCCAACAGGACACGAGGAUGCUGUUCAAGAUGCUCACCUCCUACAACUCUGGCACGGUUUGCCAGGGCGGCGAGAAGAGGGUCCAGCUCUCCGCCUUCCUGGCGGGCUGCAUGCGGCUGAAGGGGGAGGCGUCCAGCAUGGACGUGUACGCCAUCAGCUGCGGGCUGCACUUCGUGCGCGCAGCCCAGGCCGAGUUCGGCGCCUGGGCGGAGGGGCAGUUCGCGGAGCUCAGGGCCCGCCUGGAGGACACGGCGGCCCUGACCCGCGCCCCGGGCCGCGGGCCUCCUGGGAGCUGAGGGCGCCCCGUGCGGCUCGGUCGCAGCCCCACGACUGCCCGGCGAGCGGCGCCCCCUACGGGAAGCGGCAGCCGACCGAGGACAGGAGGGGGAGGAGGAGAAAAGGGAGGUGGUGCCUUCGCUCGAGGGAACAGCACCGCUGCGGGUGCGCAGAUCGGGGACAUCCCCUCAGGCGAUAUGCCGCUCUUGGCUCUGCAGGCCCUGGCCAGGGGGGCUCAUGACUGUGGCCGGGGCCACGGGGCACGCAGUCCAGGCCCCACGCGGAAGGCGUUUUGGCCCUCGGGGCCGCUUGCAGCGAUCUCGGCCCGACGGGGUCGCGCAAAGGUGUUCUCUUGAAGACGCUGCGCGAAGGGAGGCCGACGGCUCACAGGGCCACCUGGCGGUGCUGGCUGCAGCGGCUCUGGGGGCUCUUUUGGAGCCCCGCUGGGGCUUCCCCGAUGACACACCCCACACUCCCCGUAUCCUUCCCUCUCCCUCUCCCCUCUCAAAUCCCAUCCAGUUUCUCCCUCCCGCUGAUGAUAAUGCUCUAGUGCUUGGAGUUCCCAAUGUAUGGAGCUCUCGGCCGGCCCUGAAGCGGUCACGCUAGCUAAAUGCCUGCGUCACGCGUGCUCAAAGGCGAUCGGUCGGCAGCAGCUCUUUUGGCGACGACACCGCCAUGCUGAUACGGCCUCGAGCCGCUCUAGUUUUGAACCUGGCUCGCAGGGCACGCAGUCCAGGCUGCCCUAGGAGCGCGCUCGGGCCCUCGGGGGAUCGCAGCGCGCACGCCUGCAGCCAUCUCGGCACGAAGGGCUCGCGCGAAGACGGCCUCGCCUGCAGUCUGGCCCAGAGGGAGGAGGGCAAUGCUGGGAGGCGCUCUGGCCCUCGGGGCAUCAGAGCGGGGCCGUCUGCAGCGAGCGCGUGAAGGCAAUCCGUGGAGUACGACGGUUGCAGCGACCGGCCUCGUGGUUGCAGUGGUAUUGGCGGGUGGUGCGUCGCAGACGCCAUCAAAGCGUAGCCCCGCUGCGCAAUAAGAGGCCGAUGCUGCUUUCAACUGCCCUCGAGACUCUCGUGCUGUGCUGGGGCUUUCUUCAGGACGGGCCCCCGCCCCAUACCCUAAUAUCUGUCCUCCUUCUCCUCCAACCCCACCUCCCCCUGGAGUUUGCGGAUCCGUAUGUCCAGGAUCUGAGCUUCAAUGUUUAUACGCAGCUUCCCAAUAGCAAACGCAUUACGCGAAAAUCACAAUGAAUUAUCCAGUUGCUUGCGGCAACGGCAGACCGGCGAAGCAAGCUCACGCAGCCGCACCGCUUGCCAACAAUAUAGUGUACAGAUCUUUGAUGUCCGUGUACACAUCAUUUCUUUGGUGGUUUUCUAGGUGGCCAGGCGGCCCACCACACGGCAACGCCGAUGCGCCAGCGUCAGCUGAUAUUUCAAUUAUCGCUCAAGCCAGGAACACUGGUGAGUGUCAAGGCUACCCUCCCUGCCUCUCGAGGCGCUCUCUUCUUUGCUCUGUUCAAAUCCCCCCAACAAUUCCUCGCCUUCCCCUGUCGAGUCUGCUCACCGCACCACCCGGACAAUGACAUGUGUCUCUGCGCCCUGCGUGCAGGCGGGCGCGUUUUCAUCAGAAGACCGUCUACAAUACGUGGCCCGCACGCGUCUGGCGUGUCGGAGUGGCUAACUCCGUACAGUUUGCAAA